UUUUAUAAUAUUUACAAUGUACACAUGUUUCCAUAGUGCUCUGCAUUGUGGGAUCUUUUUUUUUGGGCAAACCGUGCCUUUUUAUUAGAGAGAUAGAUAUGAAAGGGGGAGACAGAGGGGAUGACACGCAGCACAUGGUCCCAAGCCGGAUUCGAACCCUGGGUCCUCUGCUUGGGGACCAAACCCCAGUACAUGGUCCGUCAGCUCUACCAACUGAGCUAUACGACGGUCGCACUGUGGGAUCUUGAUGAAGCUAAUAUUUUAUUUCUGUAGCCGGGACACUCAUUUCUGUCUUGUAAUUUGUAAUCAUUUAGUGUUGAAUUGCAUUAUAUAAUUAGUAUGCUGCUAUUUUUUUGUUCAUCUCAUUUAUUGUACAUAAAUAUCAGUACACACUAAGUGAUACAAUAAUUAAUUUGUUAAUAAGACAAAUUACAUUUUGAAUUCUGUUUUAAUUGGAUUGUAAAUUGGAUAUCUUUGGGAUUAAGUUGUGGAAAUGAUUAGGAUUUGUGUCAUGGUUUAGUUGAAUACUCGCUUCUGAUUGGUCAGUUCGGACAUUUCAGAGGUUAAAGAGAGAAAGGAAGAAAGGUUAAAAGACGGAGCGCUGGAUGUCAGAUGAAUGAACAGAAGCAGACAGACAGGAAGUCAACACGGGAACAUGCUAUGGGCUCUGCAGAGUUUAAGGACUUAAAAAACAGGAGCUAUCCUCGGUCGACCUCAGAAACUAAUCUGGAGGACGAGAGCGGAGAUGAAAGUAAAGAUGAAGAUGAAACCAUCAUACAUUCAGAUGCUGAGUCAGAGAGUCUGCUGCAUCCCGUGUUUCUGCCACUUCUUGCCACCCUGGCUGAAGCCUCAACUCAGACGACUCCGGAGUUGCCUCCCAUUGAAGUCCAUUGUAAGACAGAGGCACAGUCACUGUCACUUUCAUUGUUUACACAUGAUGGUAACUAUCCUGAGCAGAGUCCUGUCCACAGUGAACCUGAUCACCACACCACUGGACCCUCUGUCCCUCAACGAAAGCCUGUCUCCCCCCUUCCCUCUGCUCACACCCACGCUGGCGACUCAGCCUGUGUGAACCCCCCCACUUCCUGUUCCCUUCCUGUGGCCCAGAGCCCAGAGCCCAGCGUGGACUCCAGCAGCUUCUGGCGGAGCUGCAACGCUGCCGGAUGCACAGAGGCCAUCUUCAGAGGCUUCAACAACGAGAUGAGCGACAUCUCCGGCAGGAUUCAGUCAGAGCAGGCCAGCCAGGAGGAUUUUAAUCUGGCGUUAACAGUGAUGAGGGCAUCUGGGAAACUGUCUGAGCUUGUGGCCAAGCAGCAGGAAGAGUUACAAGUGAGACAAAGGGAGCUUCAAAAGGCAGCAGCAGCCAUGGAGGAGGCCGUCUCAGUGCUGAGGAGAUGAGAAGCUGCUACUGUAAAACCAUUUUUAUAGUUUCACUGUGCCUGUAAUUCCCAAUUCCCACAACUAACUCUUAAUUGUAGACAAUGCUAAAGGAGCUGAAUGUGGAAAUAUAAACAUGCAUUCAUAUUAGCGUUCAUAAAUUCAGUUUGUGAUGAGGAUUUUCACAAAUUAGACUUGACAGAAAUUGUUUCACAGAAAUACAUUUUAUUUUAUUUUAACAAAAUAACAAGUGUCAUUUUAAAACCUUUUAUUCAAAUGGAAAAAACAUUUCUCUUAGUUCCACAUCCAACGCUGUCAACCGACCCAAGUCUGCGAGGUUUUCUGAAACUGAAAAACAAACUACUUAAAGAAAUGUGUAUUUAAGUUUGAUCCUUUUUCUGAUGUGAAAACUGACAUGUUGUGGGGAGAUAUUGCAUUUUAGUCCUUCAGUUGAAAAACCCAACAAUGUUUAAAAUGUAUGUGAAUGUUGGAGGUCGGUGAAUUUUAGUAAGAAGUUGCUUCUCAAACGGUACACGAAGAGAAAUAAUCCAAAGACUUUUUUGUAUAUCUCUACAGGUAAGUGUUGGAGUUUUUACCUCUAACGAUGAAUGUCUCAAAAGGUCUUUGCUGUAAAAAGGAGGGAUGCAUUUUUAUUGUUUUCUUGGAUAUUGUUCAAACUGCUACUGAAAGGACAGAAGAGCUGAAACAGUUCUGCAGUUUUAGGCUGAGUAUUUGUGGAGUCUGACAUGUGUUUACAUUAUUGAUGUUCAGUCAUCUUGUUCAGGGUUGCAGAGUAAAACUGAUCAUUUCAUCAAACAUUGAAUAUUUAUUUUUUAAAAAACCUUUUAGAAGGUUUGCUCAAUUCACACAUUUGAAGUGAAAUAACUCAUGUCUGGAGUACAGAGCUUUUUUUUCUGAUAUUAAUCCACAUUGUUAGCAGAGCAGCCCGUUACAGCAGCUACGUCGUUGUGAAACUCAACUGUGGGGUGCACCGAACGUGGAGGACAAAGAAAAAGACGAGAGACUCUCUGCUGCUUCUCAUGGCACUCACUCUGCAACUCAGCGCAGCUGCGUGCAGGAAGGCCCUUUAUUAGCCACGCCCACCACACAGGUGGCUUCUCAGUGUGAAUCACAAAUUAAGUAUGCCCAUCAUUUAUGGAAACAAAAUAAACAAUAAUUGAGAGCACCAUUCAACACCCCCUCUUGCUCUCACAUUAUUACAAACAAAUCAAAACAUUACCUUUACAACCAGUCAGAAAAACAUCACAUAUUACAUCUCCAGAUUUUUUCAGUUAUCCCCAAACAUAAAUCUGGCAAAUUUAGCCAACUUAAAUUUUGUUGCAGGCUUGGUCAUCAGAUCUGCAACCAUCUGGUCAGUUGGACAAUAUUCCAAUGACACUUUACCAUCAGCUAUACAAAGACUGUUUACCCUGAUGUUUUCAACAAUACUUCCCUAUGAUGUUUUAUUUAAACAUAGCAUAGAAUACUUCUUUGUUGUAACAAUGCUUCUUUGCAAUAAAUCUCACACCGUUGGAACGCCUGUCCAUUUCCCUUUAAAUGGGGCCACAUUUGUGAGGAACACGCAUUUGUUGGAUGAGCAGCAGAGCUGAGUAUGUGGGUUGCGACCAUGAAAAAUGUUCAGAAUCUCCUCUGCCAAAGCGAAACAGCUAUUGACGCUUGUUUUGAUCUUCUGGUUCCCCCAGGUGCUGACCUCACCUGUCAGCAGAGCCAGAGCGACCAACACAACCACGUUGGCUGAAAUGUCCGCACUUUUGUGUGGUUUUAUAUAUUUUUGACAUUCUGUACUAUGAAGUUGACUUCGACGUGACAUUUUAUCUGAUAUUUUCGAUGCACUAUACCUAUACUAUGACUGAAGCCAUCUCAGGGAUGAGGGCAUCUGGGAACCUGGCAGCUGCAGGAAGGUGAAAUAAACUGUAAUGUGGCAGGAAAUGUUGGAGGGUACCUUGAAUGCACUCUUUAAUAAAUGUAUACAAAAAAUGCAAUCAA